AUGCAUUUCAAAAUAUCACAUCUUAUACUUGCCUUAACUCACUCCAUUGUCGGCGCCUCUGCCCAACCCUCGGGAUCAUCUUCGUGUAAGGCCGCCAGUCCGGCCGACAAGGCCGUUUACCUUCUAUCGAAUGAAGUCAAGAACAGCGUCAUCGCCUUACCGAUUGGCGUCGACGGCUUGCUUCAGGCUGGCCAGCAGACUGCAACCGGCGGGGCAGGCUCUAAUGCCGUUGAUAGCAGCACAGGGCAGCCUGCUGCCCCGGAUGCUCUAGUGUCCCAGUCUGCCUUGACUGUAGCCGGACAUAGCCUAUUUGCGGUCAACGCCGGUUCCAACACGAUUACCAUGUUCCGCAUAGACAAGAAAAAUUCUACCAAGCUCCAAGUCGUCGGCAGGCCCGUCGCGGUGCCAGGCGAGUUUCCCAAUACGGUGGCAGCGUCUUCAAAAAAUGGAAUUGUCUGUGUCGGAACGUCUGGUGCGGUGGCGGGUGUUUCGUGUGCACCCUUUACGAAGAAUGGCAUAGGUGCCAUGGACAACCUCCGCCCUUUUGACUUGAAGCAGACCACACCGCCCGUCGGACCGACAAACACAGUCUCCCAGGUCUUCUUCUCAGACGACCAGAACACUUUAUUCACUACUGUCAAGGGAGAUCCCACGAAGAACAAUACCGGGUUCCUCUCCUCCUUUGCUGUGCAGGCCAGCGACGAAGGAGAAUGUGCCGCCUCUGUUAGCCAGGAGAAUAGGCGAACAUCCCCAGAGGGCACAUCCGUACUCUUUGGCUCGUCCGUCAUUCCUGGAACCACUGACAUUUUCGUCACGGAUGCUUCCUUCGGUGGCGCUGUACUUUCUGUGGAUGCCAACAAUGGCAACACCACUGUCAAAGGCAAGGGGCCCGUGGAUGGCCAAGCUGCGACGUGUUGGGCCACCGUUUCCCCGGCUACGGGCACAGCCUUUGUUACGGACGUUGGAAGGAACAGGCUGGUGGAGAUGUCCACAGCGGAUGCUGAAAUCAUCAGCGAGAUCGACUUGAGCUCUAACGGCGAUCCUGGUCUGAUUGACCUCAGGGCUUCCGGGCAGUUCAUCUAUGCCCUCAGUCCCGGGAAUGGAACAACACAAGCCGCAGUGACGGUCGUGGAUGCCAAAAGCAAGAAGCAGGUUCAGCAUUUACAGUUGGGAAACAUGGGGGCUGGCAAGAAUGCCAUGGGAAUGGCGGUGUUGGCUUAG